CCCAUCAACGCUGUCCCCGCCUGAGUCCGCGUCCAGGGGAUCCGCAGGCGCCGUACCCUGGUUCCACGCGCCGGGGCCGCCCCUCGCCCGGCCUCCCGCAGGCCCACCCCUCGCCAGGCCCAGGCCCAUCCCCGGGAUGUUCGCUGGAAAUCGUGGACGUGACUGGGAGGAGCCUGCCCGCCCCGGCUCGCUGCGCCGCGCGCACAGGGCCCGCGCCAGCGACCAUGGCGGAGCCCACAGUGUGCUCCUUCCUCACCAAGGUGCUGUGCGCCCACGGCGGCCGCAUGUUCCUGAAGGACCUGCGCGGCCACGUGGAGCUGUCGGAGGCCAGGCUCCGGGACGUGCUGCAGCGCGCCGGGCCCGAGCGUUUCCUGCUGCAGGAGGUGGAGACGCAGGAGGGCCUCGGGGACGCGGAGGCCGAGGCGGCGGCCGGCGCGGUGGGCGGUGGCGGCACCUCCGCCUGGAGGGUGGUGGCCGUGUCCUCUGUGCGCCUCUGCGCCCGCUACCAGCGCGGCGAGUGCCAGGCCUGCGACCAGCUGCACUUCUGCCGCCGGCACAUGCUGGGCAAGUGCCCCAACCGGGACUGCUGGUCUACCUGCACCCUUUCCCAUGAUAUCCACACACCUGUCAACAUGCAGGUCCUGAAAAGCCAUGGACUUUUUGGUCUCAAUGAAAACCAGCUUCGGAUCCUGCUUUUGCAGAAUGACCCCUGUCUUUUACCAGAGGUCUGUUUGCUCUACAACAAAGGGGAAGCCCUCUAUGGCUACUGCAACCUCAAGGAUAAAUGUAACAAGUUUCAUGUGUGCAAAUCCUUUGUGAAAGGAGAAUGCAAACUUCAGGCCUGCAAACGGUCCCAUCAGCUUAUCCAUGCUGCAUCUUUGAAGCUGCUACAGGACCAAGGACUGAAUAUUCCAAGUGUUGUUAAUUUUCAGAUAAUCUCCACCUACAAGCAUAUGAAGCUGCACAAGAUGCUUGAAAAUACAGACAAUUCAUCACCUUCGACUGAGCAUUCACAAGGCCUUGAGAAGCAAGGAGUGCACGCAGCUGGAGCUGCAGAAGCUGGUCCUCUGGCUUCUGUCCCUGCUCAGUCGGCCAAGAAGCCCUGCCCAGGUAAACCUUAAAGGGGGUCAGUGAACUAAGAAGCAGCUUGUCCAGCUUGGAAGAUCUGAAAACAAGCCUUCUGUUUAGCUUUAAUUUGUAACCAUUCAUUCAUUUAAUGAUAGAUUUGUAAUGGUCAUAAUAAUAUCUACCUCACAGUGUGUUGUGAGAAGUAAAGAAGAUGGAAAAGGAGAAAAUGUCCUUUUGGAAGAAUACAUUUGGGCAUGGGUGGUUGGGGAUGGGGUGGGACAUUGAACAGGCAAAGAGAGGCUAAAACUGAGUGCAGAUGGGGCUAGUCCAGGGCAAGUGCUGAAGAUGGCAGCUGCUAUCUGCAGCUCCUAGGUGCUUUCCUCAGGCUGGGUAGAUGGAGCUCUGCUGACUUCUGUGGUCCACCAUUGUUUUUCUAUCAAUUUAUAUUGUGGCAAUCCUAGAGUACUUUGCACUCAUUUUUUUUUUCACCUAACAUUGUCUCAUAAGCAUCUUUCCAUAUUUGUUCACAUGGUACAUAAUCAUGUUUUUGCACAGAUACAUUAAUAUAUCAUAGUUUGUUUAACUACUUGCCUUUUUCUAACAAUUUUUUUUUUUUGAGAUGGUCUUGCUCUGUUGCCCAGGCUGGAGUGCAGUGACGUGAUCUCAGCUCACUGCAGCCUUGACUUCCUGGGCUCAAGUGAUCAUCCCACCUCAGCCUCCUGAGUAGCUGGGACUACAGGUAUGCACCACGACCAGCUAAUUUUUUGUAUUUUUUUUUUAUAGAGAGGGUAUUUUGCCAUGUUGCCCAGGCUAGUCUUGAACUCCUGGGCUCAAGCGAUCUGCCUGCUUCAGCCUCCCAGAGUGCUAGGAUUACAGGCAUGAGCCACUGCACCCAGCCUCUAACAAAUUUUGAAUAUAACUCCUGUCUUAAAAUCUGCAGAAUAUUGAAUUUUUCCAGCUAUUUUUUACUUUUGCUUAGCUUAUAGAUGCUAAAGGAUACUGUCAUUUGCAUUUUUUAAAAUAUAUGUAUGAGUGAAUAGUUUUCUGGUGUCUGCUUUCUGAUUGUUCUUAUUUUUUCAUUUUAUAUUUGGCCUUUUAUUAAUGGGGCCCUCAUCUGUGCUGAUGUAGGACAACCUUUAACGAGGCCUCACAAUUUUCAUGAAAGGACCUCAGCAAUACUGUGCUUGGAUGAUAUUCAAUUUUUGUAGGUCCAUCCUCAGCCAAUAGUACAGAGUAUAUAAACUUUGGGUUCUCUCCAGAGACUUCUACCUCACUCUGUCUACUCUUUUUUUUUUUUUUUGGAGACGGAGUUUCACUCUCGUUGCCCAGGCCGGAGUGCAAUGGCGCGAUCUCAUCUCACCAUAACCUCUGCCUCCUGGGUUCAAGUGAUUCUCCUGCCUCAGCCUCCCAAGUAGCUGAGAUUACAGGCAUGAGCCACCACGCCCAGUUAAUUAUGUAUUUUUAGUAGAGACGGGGUUUCACCAUGUUGGCCAGGCUGGUCUCGAACUCCUGACCUCACGUGAUCUGCCUGCCUCGGCCUCCCAAACUGCUGGGAUUACAGGUGUGAGACUCUGUCUACUCUUCAUCUCUUGCUGAACUUUCACCAAAGCCCAGUCACAAUAGUUUGAAGGAUGAGCAUUAUAUCCACUCCUUUAAAUUGUAUCCAUUCUUCCUGUGGCUCAGGAUGGACCAUCAGAAGUCUGUAUACCUCACCCACUUCAUGUUCCCUUUCCCCUUUCUCCCUUCUCCCUUCCUCCCUGCUCUCCACCUACCCAGCUGUGUUCUUUGAGUUACAUUUCAAUAUUUUGUGGUUUAUUUUCAUCAAGGGGUACCACAAGAAGCAGCUUUAUGCAAUUAAUUUUUCUGUUCUGUUUAUUGUAGUCAUCCUCAAAUGUCACUGUGUAAAGUGUUGUUGUUUUUUUUAAAUUCAACUGUCCUGCAGUAACAUAACAUUUGAGAAACAGAGACAAUGUAAUAAGUUUUCAUAAAGCUAAAUUAAUGUAGAGAAAUUUUUAUCAUGAAAUGCUAUCUUUUCAAUUGAAGGAAAAAGCAAAAAUGUCCUUUUUAAAGUGAGAAAUGGCUGUGUUUUCUCCUAAUGGAUAAUAAGAGUCAUGCCACUUGUGUUGAGCUUUUUACUUUCAUUGUUAACGAUAUUUCUGAAAGCCCUUAUGCUCUGCAUAUUUUUCUUUUUUUCUAGUCCAGAUUUCUCCUGGUGAUAAUUAAAAAAAAAUUUUACAUUUAAUUAUUACUAUUAUUUACACUUACCAUUUUACUAUGUAUAUUUUUGUAGUAAGCUAUCUUAAAUCUUUAAUGGAAACAGUGUAGGGUAUAAAUGCAUUUCCUUUACAUUGAGAGACUUGCUGGACCUUUACUUGUUUAUGUUCUGUUUUUAUAUCUUAUCAUUAUGCCUUUAUACGUGAUGUUAUUGGUCCUCUGUCAUCUUUGUUGCAGUAUUUUAUUCAAUUCUAUAAUAGUCUACUUUAAUCUUAGUUUUGUUGGUAUUCAUUCUGUGAAAUAUUUUAUAUAACCAUGCCUUUCUCUGAUUUUCACUCAUGAUUAAGCUGUUAGAAAGUUAUCGCAUUAUAGUUGGAAAAGAGUUUUCUUUGGUAAUUUAUCGGGGUUUUUGAUGUCAAGUCGCAUGUCUAUAGACUCUACAAAUUCAGCGUAUUCUAAAUUGAAUUAUGAAUUUUCCUUUAGUCUUGUUCCUGCUUUUAUUUCCUUAUUUUUGAAUGUCACCACUAUCUACCUAAUGACCUAGACAAAAAGCUGUAAAUUGUCCUAUACUUUUUUUUCUCCUUGUUCCUUUUGUUAAAUUGGUUACCCAGUGUUGGAGAGUUUCUUCCCCUCAAAAACCUUUCAAAUAUUUAUCCUUCUCUGCCCCUUUCUUUCCACCUUGUACAUACUGCCUUGUUUCAAACCCUCAUCACCUUCCUGCAUAUAUCCUACAGAUGCAUAAACUCCGUGGUUUUCAAGUCAUCUGUUAUGGGAGUUUUUGGUAAAAGGUGCCCUGUUCCCACUGCAGUGAUGGUAGCCCUGUUUUAAUCUUUAAUAGAAUAAGCUUUUGUGGAUUUCACUGGUCUCCUUACCACUCUUCACUUCUCCUGCCUUCCAUCUGGCUGCCUGACGUUUUCAAAGCAAACCUAAUCAUACGGCUUUUUUCCUGCUGAAACCUUCCUUGGUCCUCAUCAUGUAGGGUGGCAUUUGUAAACUCAGACGCCUGCAGGGACUAGAAAGGUGAGUUAAAUGGAUGAAGUGAACUGGAUGCAAGAGAAAUGGGAGAAGGGAGAAGUGCUGUGGCAAACUGUCCCAUCUAAAAGGGACGCCUGCCUCUUGUAUCCACGUGGGAAUGUGGGCCCACUUUGUCAUAUUGCCCAGGUUUUUAAAAAGAAGCCAGAAAUUCAGAUUGUUAUGAGAAAUGUUCUGAUUGAAUAUUUACUUUAGUUGAGUUUUUAAAAUGCAGACCAACAUUGUAUGUACUUGACCUACUUGGAAUUUCUGGAAUGUGCUAUUUUGUCUUGUGAUUCUCUGUAAAUGAUAUUUCCUGGUUUUUUUUUUUUUUCUUUUUUCUUUUUUCCUUUGAGAUGGAGUCUCUGUCGCCCAGGCUGGAGUGCAGUGGCAUGAUCUCAGCUCACUGCAACCUCCGUCUCCCAGGUUCAAGUGAUUCUCCUGCCUCAGCCUCCCGAGUAGCUGGGAUUAUAGGCAUGCACCACCAUGCCUGGCUAAUUUUUGUAUUUUUAGUAGAGAUGGGGUUUCACCAUGUUGGCCAGGCUGGUCUUGAACUCCUCACCUCGAGUGAUCCACCCACCUCGCCCUCCCAAAGUGCUUGUAUUAUAGGCGUGAGCCACUGCACUCAGCCUGAUGUUCCCUCUUUUAUAAGUGCCAUUCCUUCUUCCUUCUUCCUACCUCACAACCUAGCAAAAUUGGAUUCUUCAAAAUGCCAGGUUGGCCUUUCUUGACUCCAAAAGAGAUGACUCUUGUAGCAUUCUUACAGGCCUAACAUAGCACUUACUUUAUGUUGCAAUGCUGUGUGUUUUUACUCGCUAGCUCUGAGCAAAACAUUAUUUAUUGUUGGUAAUUGUAACACUUGGUAGUGAAGACAUAUUUUUUGCCAUAUAAUGGAUUAUACUUUGUAUUUGAAUCCAUGUGAAUCAGUAGCAUAUUGGUCUUCAUUGUUUUUUCUCCUUCUCUGACGUUUUUUUGAGACAGGGUCUCACUCUGUUGCCCAGGCUGGAGUGCAGGGCACAAUUACAGCUCCCUGCAGCCUUGAUUUCUCAGGCUCAAGCCAUCCUCUUGCCUCAGCUUCCCUAGUAGCUGGGAGUAUAGGUGCAUGCCACCAUACUCAGCUAAUUUUUUUAGGUUUUUAGUAGAGACAAGGUCUCACUAUGUUGCCCAGGCUGGUCUUGAACUCCUAAGCUCAGGCAGUCCUCCCGCCUUGGCCUCUGAAUGUGCUGGGAUUACAGGCAUGAGCCGCUAUGCCUAACCAUAUUUUUUCCAAUAUUAAAAAAUCUUUUUUCCCCCUAAGGAUUGUGUUAUAUAAGGUCAACAUGUUUUUAGUGCUUCAAUUUGACUUGUCUACAUCUAAAGUUAACUCUUUAAGGCUUACAUUGAUGAUAAUAAUUCUUUCCAUCGAGGGAUUUAGUCUCCAUUAUUGUCAUGUUUCUUGAUUUUUUUCAUUAUACUUGGUUCUUCUUUUUGUCUAGGUUUUAUAUAUACCUCAAUUAAUUCUUUCUUGGCUGUUUUAUAUCUAUGUUGCUGUCAGCAUGGGAAUCUCUUAUUAUUAGAAAGCUAUUAACUUUUAAAAUAUGUAUCUUUUGGUGAUUUUCUUUGUUCUAACAGUUUUAGAUGGCCUGUUUGCUUUUUCUAAAUAUAAAAUCAUAGGUAUUUCUAUUUUGUUUUUGUGUUUCAUAAAAUUGUAAUAAGUUUUUUUGAUAUUUUUUCAUUACAUAUGAAGUUAAUUGUUGGUUUUAAACAAAUGUUCUUUGUUAGGAUAACAGAAAUAACAUCUUCUAUUCUUGUUUGUUGGAAGCUAAAAGCUUGAUAAAAGGAAUUGGUAUCUUUUGAUACAAUCAAAUUUUUAUCACUUAAAUUGCCUAAUAUGAUUACAAUAAGGGUUUUUGUAAUAUUAAAACAUCCUUAAAUUCCUGAGAUAAAACUCUACCUGGUUAUAGUAUAUGUUCUUUUAAUGUAUUAUCUUUCCUAUUUGCUGUACAUCUAUACAUUCAUAAAUAAAAUUCAUUUAUAUUUUA